UUACUAAACCGAAAGGAUUUUUUUGGGUGUUGUCUUGUUGACACGGCGCCUCACUCAGUCGUCCGCAAUAAAACCUUCCUCAUCUUCCAAAUUAAACCGAAACCCUAAAAAUUCAAUCGAUUAAUCAAUGGCAUCCAAAAAAUCCACACCACUAGAUGACCCACCAUCUGCUUCAUCCGAAUCAUCAGAAUCCGAAUCAGAAGAUGAACAAGAACAACAAGAAAUCAUCACCCAAAAAUCAAUCCCACAACCAACUUCAUCAACCUCUGAAUCAGAAACAUCCGGAUCCGAUGAAUCGGAUGACGAAACCCCUGAACCCAAAAUCCAAACCCCAGUUCCAAAACCACCACCAUCCUCUGAUUCAGAAUCAUCUGAACCAGGUUCUGAAUCUGAAUCUGAACACCAAACACCACAUAAACCUUCAAUCUUUGAAUUCGAAUCUGAUAUCAAAUCCCCAUCUGCUUCUGAUUUUGCGAUUAAACCCUCAAAAAAGAUCAAAACUUUUCAAACUUCAGAUAAAAAUCCAACUUUAAAACGCCAUAUUUCAGGUCCAUCUGAUAAUAAUAAUAAUAAAAAAUCCAAGAUUGUUUCAAAUGGGGAUACUGAAGAUGAAAAAAAGGCUGUAAUUAAAAGGGUUUGGAGUGAAGAUGAUGAGAUAAUGUUGUUGCAAGGUUUUAUUGAGUAUCAGUUGAAAAACGGGUAUUCACCAUUAUCCGAUAUGGAUGGUUUUUAUCGGUUUUCGAUGGAUAAUAUACCCGGUAAUGCUUCGAAAAGUCAGUUGUAUGAGAAGGUUAGGAGGUUGAAGAAGAAGUUUAGGGUUAAUGUUGAGAAAGUUGGGCCUAAUGGUAAAGACCCUGUGUUUGCAAAGCCUCACGACGCUAAGAUUUUCGAGAUAUCGAAAAAGAUUUGGGGAGUUGAUGGUUGUGAGAGUGGUGCGAAUUUUAAAGCUAAGACGCCGGUGCCUAAGCCUAAGGCGGCUCCUAAAGUUAAGACUCCGGUUAAAGUUAAGGCGAAAGUUGAAGAGAAAGUUGAUGAGGUAAUGGAGGAGGAGGAUGUGGAUGAUGAUAAGGUUGAUGAGGCAAUUGAGGAUUUUGAGACGUUGUAUCCGUAUUGGAAUGUUGGAUUGAAUAAUGAAGUUUCGACGUCUUUGAAGUUUCCUGCGGGUAUUGUUGAAUUGGUUAAGGAGAAUAUGAGUGUUAUUGGGGAGGAUAAGGCGAAAGAAAUGGAUGAGAAGUGGAAAGCACUUUUGGAGGAUGAAGCUAAGUUGCAGCGGAAGAGAAUCGCGUUGCUGAGUAAAGUAGGUUAUGUUGAGACGUGAUAGGUAAACGAGUCACCUUUGACAUAUACAACUAUGAAGCUUGUGCAUUUUCUUUUUAGCUUAUAUGUCUGCAUAUCUUUGACGUUUUUACUGGAUUAAAUAAUUUUAGAUAAUGAUACUUUCUAUGGUUUGUUGAUCA